AUGGGGCGGAAGAAGAUUAAGAUUGAGCGCAUCGGGGACGAACGGAAUCGACAGGUGACGUUCACGAAACGGAAGAAUGGAUUGAUGAAGAAGGCGAUGGAGCUGAGCGUGCUGUGUGAUUGCGACAUCGCGAUGGUGAUUUAUAACUCGCACGAAAAGUUGUAUCAGUACUCGUCCGGGGAGAUCGAGGACGUGCUGGAGCGGUUUCACGCGGAUAGAAGAGAAGCGCAGGAGAUUCGGAAUAAUCGUGAUCUGUUCGAUCAACACUUCUCGUCACAACCGGGAGCGCUGGAUCGGGGGAAGUCGCAGGCUGGGACGAGUCGAAGGGUCGGCGGUACGACGCGACGAGCGGUGAAGAGCGAGGCGUAUUACCAAGACGAGGACGAUUUCGAAGAGAACGAGGAGGAAGAAGAAGACGAAGAGGACGACGACGACGUGGGUGUGGCAGAUAAGGCGAGCGGUAAACAUAUCAUCACAACGAAAUCAUCGAGACGCAGGAGCCGCGCGAGCUCGUCUCCACUGUCGCGAUCGAUGAUGUUUCAGGCGCAAGCACGCGCGAAGCGCGAUAGAGCCUCGAUGGGCGUGAACGAGGAUCAUUACGACGGUAAAAAGCUCUCGGCGAGCACAAACGCUCGAAGCCGAAGCAGGAAAUCCUCGAGCGGGCGUCGAGAUGCUCGCGAGCAGUCGGAGGCGCACGACAGUUUCGGCACUGAAGAUUCUGGACACACAGACGGUCACUAUCUCGCGACAAACCAUGCGGUGCUGCUCGCGUACGAGGAAGAUUUCGAGCGCAACGGGUACGGUUUCGACGAAGUGGCGCUCCUCGUCGACGCGAACGAUGAGCCUUUGAUCAUCCCACCGGAGGGCUUGGAGCUUUUGUCUCCAACUUUCAAGUGGCUCGGAUCGCCGACGGUGCGCGAGCCGUGUGCCGAUCGAGCAUUUCUCAUGGGUUACGACGCACGAGCGAACCAGUUCGCUCGUGAGAGGAACCUGUCGAUCGCUAUUCCGCGCGUGAUGAUCGAACAAGAUGCGCGCACGCGCGUUCUCGGGUCGUCUCUGCCGCCGGCGCCAGUCGUCGAUCCGUCUCCGGGCCCGCUCACGACACUCCUGGACGCACACAUCGCCGGCGGCGACGUCUUCGCCCAAGAGGCCGACGACGAGCGCGACGAUGACACAUCGUUUAUAGUUCGCUCUCGAGCGGAUCCAUCGACGUGA